AAGUAUCAUCUGAUGGAAUUGAAUGCAGAUUUGGCAAAGUUGAUCGAAGAUAUGACCAAAGAUGAACAGCAACGAACGAGAAAGAGAAUGCGAGAAGGUGAUGAGGAAGAAGAUGAUAGCAGAUCAAGGCCUACCUUGUGCAUUAAGGGAAGGCAAGCAGAUGAAGCAGUCUUAUGUACUGACACACAAACGUAUAUGGUCCGACAAGUUACACAAUCCAACUCGCUACUCCUUUGUUCUUUAGAAGGAAAGCAGAGCGAUUCCAGUACGGCGAAUGUGAGCGUUCGUGAUAAUAUCGUAGAGAUUUUGGAAUUGGUUCCGAUUGUUGCUCGUGUAAGUAGAUUAACCACCCUGCUCGAACACAGUACAUACUCCGGAGAAGAUGAGGAUCUGGAAGAGAAUGAAGCAAAGAAGCUCUAUACUCCACAACAAGUUGCCAGUAUCGUACAAGCAAGUCCUUUAGAACUUAAGAAAGGUUUCAAAGAUGCACACAUCGUAGAGAUGGAUGGAUAUUUAAGAAUGAUAUCGAAAGCAUACCUUUUUGAUGCAUUACGAGCUUUGCUUGCUCAUAUUGAUCGAUUGUCUCUUUCGACCGAUCGAAUUCUCUUGAAGCCUGCUGUUGCCGCUCUUCGAAAUACAAGUGAUAUGCGAAAAGAAGUUGCAGAAGAACUUCUUCGAUCAUGGUUUGGCAAUCCGAUCACACCUGAAGAAGGGGACGAGAAGGAGAUCAUUAUUCUGGACACGUCUCGCAUCUCUCAAUUCAUAGGUUUGCAAUUACUCGAAACACUCGCAAAAGGCAAGCCGGUGGAAAUGGAAUCAUUCACGGAAAAAUGGAAGGACGGAUUAGGCGCCACAUUGGGUGGAAACGAGAAAGCACUCGAUAUCAAUCUGUUGCAAGGAAAUUACUUGCUAACGCCUGCUCCACCGGUAGCUCCUACCAAGUUACAACCUCUAUGCAUUGAAUUCUUUGCAGCUUCUUCGCUGCCUCUAGAUAUCUCUUCUCGCUUCCAAAAGCUGUUUUCUGUUCGACCACAAUGGAUCGGAGAGGAUCUCAAACCGUUCUUACAAGAUGUUGCCGUUGAUGCGAAAAAGCGUGAUGCUCUCUUGCUGAAAUUCGCACGUUCUUCUCAAGUAAAGAUGCCCAUUCAAGAAUCCAAACAAGAACGAAGG